CACAAAAAUGGUGAGCACUACCACCACCUUCUUCACUGCCACAACCACCCCAACACCUCUCUCCUCCUCCCUUCAUUCAAAAAAACCCCAUUCUCUCACUCUCCCCAAUUCCAAAUUCAACCACUUCUCCCCCUCCAAACACCCCAAACCCAUAACCCACUCCUCCAGACCCACCACCCCAUCUCUACCUAAAUCCUUCCCCGAGGACUCCCCCACCGCCGUCUCCGCCACCUCCCCUCUCAACCUCAAGUCCCGCCUCCGCUCCGGCGAGACCCUCUACGACCUCUUCCUCCUCUCAUUCUCCCCAACUCUCGUCGAGAUCGCGGGCCUCGCCGGCUACAACUUCGUCGUCAACGACAUGGAACACGGCCACGACGGAAUCUCCGAAGCCCUCCCCUGCCUCCACGCCCUCGCUGCUUCAGGCACAGCGGCGAUCCUCCGCGUCCCUGAAGCCACCGCCGCGUGGGCCAAGAAGGCCCUUGACAUUGGCCCUCAGGGCAUCAUGUUCCCCAUGGUCAAAUCCGCCGCAAAAGUCGUCCCGUACUGCCGGUUCCCGCCGGCGGGGAUCCGCGGCUCCGCCCGCCUGAUCGUGCGUGCCUCCGCAUACGACAUCGACAAGGGCUACCUGAAUAACUACCUCAAUGAGAUUCUGAUCAUGUGCCAGGUGAAGUCGCUGGAAGGGGUGAAGAAGAUCGAUGAUUGUGACACGUGA